UUCACGGCGGUCUGUGAUUGGCUGCCCGGAAGUGCCCUCGUCCCCACUGGCCGGGACAGGCGUCCAUCAGAUGGGCUUUUGCGUGUGGAUCUAUGGAUCCGCUGUGCUGCGGCUGUCAGCAAAACUGCAACCCAAUAAAGCACGUCGGGUGGAGAACCGGGCAGUACCGGAGUCUGGCUGCGUGUCGAGAGGUUUCUGCCGGCCAGGAAUUGCAAAGUCUCUUUCUCCUUGUAUUCAGAAAUGAAGGGAGUGAAUAAUGGGGACCAACAGCCAGAGGAGCGACUUUAAACCCGAGGUCGACCUCAACCGCAACGCUCCCCCUCGGAGUGACGAUGACAGAGCCAUGUCCAGCGUUUCCGUCAAAGGCCUCAAGGAAAACUGGCAGAAGUGGUCCAGUGAGCACCAGGAGAGCCAGAAGCUCAACCCCUUCAGCCAUGACACCAGGCAGACUGUGGUGGUCCUUCAGAGGGGACAGGAUGAUUACGGGAGACCCCAGCAGGGGUCCCUGACUGAGAAACGCGGGAAGGAGGCUCACACACACAUCGGCAGGGAGGUCCAGAAGCUGUGCGAAGUGAUAAGGGACAUCGGGGAGCACGGCGGGAAAGGGAUCACGGUUGAAUUCGGGAAGCUUUUUGAGCAUUACGUGGCCAUCUCCAAUACACUGGUGGGAAUUCUUUUACGGGCCAGAAAACAGGGACUGGUGAACUUUGAGGGGGAGAUGCUGUGGCAAGGAAAGGACGAUCAUGUCGCUAUCACUUUGUUGGAAUAAGCACUUUUUGGGAUUUGUGUUGAUGUCUUGAUUCGUGUUGAGAAAAGUGACUUCAAAGAAAAGAAAAGAAAAUCCCCUACCACCCUUGAUUUGUAAUAAAAAGUUGUUUUAGAUCAGCACAAAGUGAAGACACAAGCAGGUAGAAUUAUCAUCAACAUUUCCACCAUAAUUUCAAGAGAACAGGACAGUGAAGGUCAGAUACUUCCCAAAAUGAAGAUUUCCCCAAACAUGCUCAAAACACUUUUAUUAAAGGUUAUCGGCUCGCUGUAAUGAAGGUUAAUAGUUUAUGCAUUUAUGAGGAAAAGAAAAUUGUGCAGAAAUAAUUUCACACAUUUCUUUCCUGAAUAAAUUCAGAACCAAUAACAAUUACAUUUUUUUUUUUCAUGAAGGAUUACAAGUCUCAACAGCAGUUUGGUCUAGUUGGGUCUGGACUUUGACUAGGCUGUUGAAACAUCUUGAUGUUUUUUUUUUUCUCUCCGAGCCAUCCAGUUGCAGAUUUACUGCAUAGUCCUGAAAAAUACUCAGUUUGAGGCUAACUUCAUCUGUUCUAAUCUAAUCUUACAAUUCACUCUAUAUUGCUACAAUGUAUUUGUGAAUUCAUGGCCAAUUCAGUGUGAGGGUGCACUGGCCUCCAGAAAAGCCCAACUCAUCACCCGUCUGCCACAAAUGCUUAGUAUGAGAUUUCCUCUCUAAAAGAACUGAGGAUGCUCCUCGUCCCCACUACUGUACUUUACUGUCCUACGUCUGGCGAUUAAAACAACUUUGUUAUUAAAUAAUCCACUCAAGACAUUGCUUGCUGCUGUACGCCUAUAAAUGCAUGACAAGAACCAUACAAACCCGGCCACAUUGAAGUCCACAGCUUUAUGAUGCACUGAAUCUAUAAUCAGAGGUAGAUGGUCCUGAGCCAAAGGAGAAGACAAACCCACGGCUGACAGACAACCCGGUGCUAUAGGAUGAACCUGAUCCGACCAGGACCAGAACCUAUGUGUUUAUUACAGAGGUGCUUUGUAGUUGCACUGUCAUGAUGAUUGGUUUUGGGUUUUUUUGUACCUUAACAGCAUUAAGAUGUACAGUGAAAUAAAAGCAAUGCUUUUAAAAUGUGA